CUGGCCGACAACUGGGAUGACCAUGAGGGAUACUACCGCGUGCAGAUGAGUGAGCUGCUCAACGAUCGUUAUCGUGUGUUCGGUUUCACAGGUCAGGGUGUCUUCUCCAACGUUGUGCGCGCAACGGACGAGCAGCGGCCUGGACAUCAGGUGGCCAUCAAGAUUUUGCGCAACAAUGAGAUGAUGUACAAAGCCGGCCUCAAGGAACUCGAGGUGCUGCAGAAGCUCAACAGCCUGGACCCCAAGCGCACCCACCACUGCGUGCGCCUGCUCUGUGAUUUCAAGCACCGCAACCAUCUUUGCCUUGUGUUUGAGAAUCUUAGCAUGAACCUUCGCGAGGUGCAGAAGAAGUUUGGUCGUAACCGCGGCUUGAGUCUGCGUGCCGUCAAGAGCUACGCGCAGCAGCUGCUCCGCUCUUUGCGUCUCAUGAAGAAGGGUCUCAUCAUCCACGCCGACAUCAAGCCGGACAACAUGCUCGUCAAUGACAAGUACAACGUCAUCAAGCUUUGUGACUUUGGUUCAGCCUUUUUGACGGACGAGGUGGAAAUCACGCCCUUCCUCGUUAGUCGCUUCUACCGUGCCCCAGAAAUUAUGAUGGGUCACAAGUACUCGCACCCCCUCGAUAUGUGGGCGCUAGCAUGCACGUUGUUUGAGGCAUACUCUGGACGCAUUCUCUUCCAGGGCUCGACGAACAACGAGAUGCUCAAACUCAUCUUUGAGCUCAAGGGCAAGCCCUCCCACAAGUGGAUUGGCAAGGGCGCUUUCAAAGACGAGCAUUUCACAGCUGAUUACCAGUUCAAGUUUGAAGAGGUGGACAAGGUUACCAAGAAGGAAAAAGUGACGCUCCUUCCGCUGACCAAGCCCACACGCGACCUCAAGUCACUCUUGCUGCGCAACCACACCCUGUCCGAGGAUGAAGCGCGUCAUUUCGAAAGCUUUGCCAACCUGCUAGACCGCAUGCUCAUUGUCGACCCCGACAAGCGCAUCACCGUCAAAGACGCCCUGCGCCACCCAUUUAUCGCCGAGCGUAUGGAGUAGGGCCCUGACAACCUUGGUUAAUUAGAGAGAUACAUGUAUUGGCUUUAUGGGUAGGGAUCUCCACCCGUGCCCGCUUCACUUAUUCUCUCAAAGUUGUGCCCGACCCGGCGCUGACCCUCUUCUGAUCGAGUUCACAAUUCAGGAAUGUGUCCUUC